AUGGCAAGCUCGCUACGAUCCUCGACACCUUCGAGGCUGGCGCUCCGUGCGCUCACACGACACGAUGCUACCCAAGCUUGUGCGAUUUCUACCAACAUCAAGGUGGCAUCAACAUCAUCAACGUCCAGCUCAUCCGCAUCGCGAGUCGAGUCGCGAGGCUAUGCUUCUCCAUCGGCGCCGGCUUCCAUGGCCACACCCAUCGAGGUGGCGCAACCCGACAUCCGCGCCGGUGUUGGAAGCAAGCAAGGUUCGGGCAAGAGCCUGCUCAACGACAUUCUGCUGGCUGCUCCCAAGCACUCGACGGCCAAUCGACCGAUCUACCUGGAUGCACAAUCCACCACGCCCGUCGACCCGCGCGUGGUCGACAAGAUGAUGCCCUACAUGACCAACCAAUACGGAAACCCGCACUCCAGAACGCACGCCUACGGUUGGGAGUCGGAAAAGGGAGUCGAGGAGGGCCGUGAGCACAUUGCCAGUCUGAUUGGUGCUGAUCCCAAGGAGAUCAUCUUUACCUCGGGCGCUACCGAAUCCAACAACAUGGCCAUCAAGGGUGUUGCGCAUUUCUACAAGUCCAAGAAGAACCACAUUAUCACCACACAGACCGAGCACAAGUGUGUGCUUGACUCGUGCCGUCGUCUGCAGGAGGAAGGGUUUGAGGUGACCUACCUGCCUGUACAGUCCAACGGGCUGAUCGACCUCAAGCAGCUCGAGGAGGCGCUUCGACCCACCACUGCGCUUGUCUCGAUCAUGACGGUCAACAACGAGAUUGGUGUCAUCCAGCCCAUCAAGGAGAUCGGCCAGUUGCUCAAGACCAAGGGCGCUGAGCUGUCCAAGCAGGGUGGCCGAGGCGCAUCCAAGCCUUUCUUCCACACCGACGCCGCACAGGCUGCGGGCAAGAUUCGGCUCGACGUCAACGAGUUGGGGAUCGAUCUGAUGAGCUUGUCGAGCCACAAGCUGUACGGUCCUAUGGGAAUCGGUGCUUGCUACAUCCGACGUCGUCCUCGUGUUCGUCUGGAACCCAUCAUUAACGGUGGUGGACAGGAGCGUGGACUGCGUUCGGGUACGCUCGCUCCUCCGCUCAUUGCAGGAUUCGGAGAAGCGGCACGUCUGGCCAAGCAGGAGCUCGCCUAUGACCAUGCGCACAUCAGCAAGCUCUCGCAGCGUCUGCGCAACCACCUCGAGGCCAAUAUGACGCACGUGCUGUUCAACGGCGAUCAGAACGGCUACCCAGGCUGCCUGAACCUCACGUUUCAGUACGUUGAAGGUGAAUCGCUGCUCAUGGCGCUCAAAGACAUUUGCCUUUCGUCAGGAUCGGCCUGUACAUCUGCAUCGCUUGAGCCGUCGUACGUGCUGCGUGCGCUCGGCUUGAACGAUGAAAACGCUCACUCGUCGUUGCGAUUCGGUAUCGGCCGAUUUACUACCGAGGAGGAGGUGGACUAUGUGGCUGACAAGAUCAUCAAGGUGGUCAACAAGUUGCGCGACAUGAGCCCUCUGUGGGAGAUGGUACAAGAAGGUGUUGAUCUGUCCGAAGUGCAAUGGUCUGGUUGA